CUCAGAACGUAUGCCUUCCGGAGGGGAGGGGGGCCGGGGUCCCGGCGGAGAGCCUGGAGAGGGCGACGUCAGUUCCGGUGCAGUUUCUCGUUCCGGUUCCUCGCCCUGGCGUCCGCAGUUGCUACGUGUCCUGAGCGCGAGCGGUCCGUUCGGAGCCGGAGGCAAUCAUGGAUCAAGUAAUGCAAUUUGUUGAGCCCAGCCGUCAAUUUGUAAAAGAUUCCAUCAGACUUGUUAAAAGAUGCACUAAGCCAGACAGAAAAGAAUUCCAGAAGAUUGCCAUGGCAACAGCAAUAGGUUUUGCGAUAAUGGGAUUUAUUGGUUUCUUUGUGAAAUUGAUCCAUAUCCCUAUCAACAACAUCAUUGUUGGUGGCUGAACACUCAUCAAGAUCUGUUACCUGAAGUUUGGAGUGAUGGACAAUGGGGGUGGGUGUGGGGGGCUUUUUUGCUUACUAAUAUUCCAUAAGUCUGUAUCUUGUUUGUUUACUGCUAUAAACCAGGCUAAGAUUUAAAACAAGCUUGAUAUGAGUUGGUCUCAUUUUGUUUUACUGACUCUUUGAACUUUCUAGGCUCAGUAAAUAACUUAUCACUGUGUGCUGCUAGUUGUACAAGAUGAGGUAAGGUGACUGAACUGCCUUUCUUGGUUUACUGCUUUCAGCUGUAGAAUAAUUCUUUACAUAUUACUACUUUUGGUCCAGCAUUAGGUGGUACUAAAAACCAACUCUAAAUCUAUUCAGAUUAAAAACACUAACCUACUGCCAUUUUCCUAUAUUGUGUCUUGUAACCUGGGGGGUGAAGAACCCCUACAAAGGGAAUGUCUGUAUAAAAUGCUCUAGAAGCAUGAAACAAGCUGAAAAGAUUUUGCUCUAGUCUUUGAGUUGACAUGAUCUGUGGUUUUACUUACAAAAAGUAUUUUAGUUUUAUCAGAUCUUGUUCUAAACACUCUUUAAGAGGCCACAACUAAAAUACAUACAUUAUAGAUGUACUUACAGAUCAGCUGAGGGCCAUUAUCCUUCCUUACUAAACAGUUUUGGAUUCCACUACUGUCUUUACAGUGCUUUUCAAGAUGGUGUAACUUGACACCAACAUUAACACUAAAUGUUAUAUACCAUUGUAUUUAGCAUCUAUUCAAUGAUGUAUGCAUUCUGUGCCACCUUAAAUUAACAAACCCUUUAAAAGAAAAUAUACCAGUUUGGUUAUUACAGCAGUCUCUUCAAAUUUUACAAAUUAAAAUGCAACUUUAUCCAGUUGUUUAAAGAACUUGCAUGAACUUCUGCCUACAAAGCUCAUACAGUUGUGACAAAUCUGAAUGUUUUAAUCUAUAAAAGCUUGCACACUAAUUAGUUUACUAGCACUUGAUUAGUUUAAUGCUGCUUACCUUCUGUUAAUUAGAAGUUUGUAAAUAGUACCUGAUGCUGAAAAGGAGAAGUAAAAUGGCAGCAUAGACAGCAGCAUUAAAAGAAAUACUCAGCCUGCUAUUCUGAGCUUCACUGCAGCGGUAUUUAUUACUUUUUCCCUUUUAAAAUUUGCAAUUAACUCAAGUGAAGUAGACUUACAAUCUAUCUUACUAAACAGCAGAGCAGAAGAUCAGCCUGUUCUAGUCGCAUUAAACAGGAAAAGGUUUACUUACAAUACUGCUGUACUAAUUUUGUAUAAGUCAAAAAUAUACAUAAUCAAUUAAAAUUUGACUCGAGAAAAGAUUCUUCAACCACUGAUUUAACAGUAAUAUUAAAACCUAAUAUGGAUCCACUCCUGCAAGGAGUAAGAGUAGAUCAGUCUAUGCCCAUUAGUCCCUUUUAGUGCUGCUGGUUUAGGAAGUGCAUGUGUCCUAGGCACGGAACUAGAAUGAGAUAUAUUCAGUCAGUUUUGUCACUACUAUAUUCCUAAAGAUUUUACACUUGACUUAUUGAACUCCACUAUCUUUCCCUUCCCUCUGCUCUUCCAAAAAAAAAAAAAAAUUUUUUUUAUUCCUGCCACAAUAAUUGUUUCUGUUUAAUGAGUGAAAUUUUCCAACAUGUUUAAAGUCUUCGGUCAGCUGAAAAAAAGGCAGUUGUAAUCUUAAGCAUUUUGCUUAUUUUUGAUACCCAUUGUCCACAGCAAUGGUUUAUCUGUUUCUAUGGUGACAACUCCAGAUUCAUCGUAGGUAUUUGAAGUGCUGACAAGUGUUCCAAACUUUAGCACAUGGUUAGCUGUAAAUAAUAAAAAAUAAUUUAAGUAAACAUCAGGAAAAAUCUCUUUACAAAGGCAUUUAAAGAACAAACUGCCAAAUAAGCAAAUUAAGUGACAUGUAUUUCUUGUCCGGUUAAGAAGGUUUCGAUUUCCUGUUGAUUGCAAUGAGGACAAUGUAUUCUAAGAAUGUAUAUCCUUUUGUCCCCUAAAUUUUUAUAUCCAAACCAUUCUUGAACCAAUAUGUGCCAUCUGAAAGGUAAUUCUGUAUAAAUUAAAAAAUAAAUCCAUCAUCUCUACUACAGAAUAACGAAGUAAAAUGCAACCACUCCUAAAGCAUAGGCCAGCAACAGACAGUAGCGUGUGUGUGUUUGGAGUUUUAUAUUUAUACAUAAACUAAUUGAAAAUAAGAAUAGGUGAGAGAGGAUUCUUCAUUUUCCUCUGCAGGUUAAGUUAAAAAUUCAGCUGUAAUUCAAUCAAUUCACAUUUUAAAAAAUACUGGUGUUUUUGAAAGGCCGUUGAAGGAAACAACUUACAUGAAUCGAGUACUUUUUUGGCCCAGAGUGAUUCAUAAACAAAAUAUAGGCAUCAUCUCCUUUUGGAAUGAAGAAAACGCAGGGGUAGAAGAAAGCAGCUGUUUAACAAUGCACAGGAAUAGUUUAGGAAGGGAACUGAAUGUAGUAGCCAACUGAAAUUCCUGCAAGGGGAAUUUUAGGUAGGCAGAAUUGUAAUUAUGCAAGUUGGAAUCUGGCCAAGAUAGCAGGAUUGAUUCCUUUACACUUGUAUUAAGUACCAUUGGAUCUUUAAAGGUCAGUAUGAUUAAAAGAAGAGAAAACUGUCA